CUCCCUCAGCUGCAGUCCUUUUGCGAGGCUGUACAUACGCGUCUGCUGCAGCUCAGACGAUCGCCAGGCCUUGUGUGGCUCUUUAGACAGCCAAACAACUCGCCUCUCGCUUGACGCUGCCGCCGCGGCGCUGCAACCCAGGCGUUUUGCCGCUGUGCUCUCGCUCGCCAUAGCACAGCCCUGCGCGGCGGCGGACGAACCACCGCAACAAACACCGCCGCAGCCAUGCCGACGGCGUGGCGGCCACCGCUGCUCGCGCGGCUGGCCCUGUGCUACGCCGCGGCCGCGGGCGCCGCCGGUCGCAAGCGCGGCCACGACGCCUUCUGGAUCAUGGACCCGUCCGACCAGUUAUGUCUGACGACGCACGGCACGCUGGGCCCCUGCGACGGCGACGCCAUGUGGGUCUACGUCCCGCGCAAGGGCAAGGACAAGUGGUCUCUAGCUUCUGUACUUGAGCCUGUUACCAGACAAAUGUGCUUGACCAGAGUCAAAGCUUCGGCGCGGGGCGGCGCCUGCGGCGGCAAGGCGGCCCAGCGCUGGGAGGUCGUCCGCGACGGCCAGCAGUUCGCGGUCACGGAGGAUCGGCAAAAGCACUGUGUGGUGAGAGACGCGCACCUGUGGAGCCAUCGGGCCCAGCUCCAGCAGGCCGUCAAGGCGGGCAAGUCCAUCCAAAGGGGGCACGACGCGGCUACUUUAGUGAAGAAAGUGCCUACUCAUGUAGCACAUAACACCGUCAGUUUGCACAAGUGCGCGAAGGGCCACACGUCCUUCGAGCUGCACACCUCGAACGUCCACGAGCACGGCUUCAUGUUGGCUUCCGCCGACACGCACUGCUUCGACGGCGUGCAGUUCCGGCCUUGCUCGGAUGAGGAUGCUCAUCUGCGCUGGGGCUUUGGCGUGUCCUUCGACUGGUUAAGUGGGGCGCCCAAAAGUCAACUGUACAAGUUCUACAACUCUACUGCCUGCUUAGUUGCUGGUUCGGAUGGCGGGGCGACCUUAGGUGCCUGCGACAGCCCGAAGGCGUCGGGCUGGGGUUUGCGCGCCGGCCGUCUCUCAAGGGGCGGCGACGGCCACAAGUCCGGUAGCUGUUUAGUGCGCACGUUGGACGGCACGGGCGCGCUGGCCAAGUGCAAAGAUGGGAUGUUCGAGCACCUCACAUUAACUCUGGACUCGGACGGCUCGGAUAUAUUACAAGCGGCCAUGGACAAGGUCGCCGAGAUCGACAAGAAGAAGGCUGCCCAAGCGGCGCGGGCGUGAUGUGGUGGGGGCCUAAGCGUGGAAAG